UAUUUCUCGGCUUCUUGUUCUGUGUUAUUCCAAUGUGAAUUUACCCGGGAGUUCGGCUCCCAGUGCCCCCAAGAAUUCCACCCUCAAUACAGGAAAACGAGACCAGCGUAGAAGAAUCAAACUCAAUCCACUCCCUCCAAUUCAUUGUGCUUUCCCGGGAUCUCGCUCCAGGAGGCUCCGACCGUCUACUCCGCCGGCGCCGCCAGAUCGGAGUUCUUCACCAUGAUUAAGAUUCCAUAUCUCACCGCCUUGACAACAUACUUCAGCUACGGCCUCCUCUUCGCAUUCGGCCAGUUGCGCGAUUUCUUCCGUAAGUGUAUCGACUGGUGGUCGAAGAGCAACCUCCAGGGGUAUGCUCCGAUUUGCUUGGGGCUCGAGGAUUUCUACAUUCGGAGACUUUAUUUACGAAUUCAGGAUUGCUUUAACAGACCAAUAUCAAGCUCCCCGGAUGCCUGGUUUGAUGUGGUGGAGCGCAUCUCCAAUGACUACAACAAGACCUUGAAGCGGACAACAAGAGUUAAUAGGUGCCUUAACUUGGGAUCAUAUAACUACCUGGGGUUCGCAGCAGCUGAUGAAUACUGCACGCCUCGUGCCAUUGAAUCGUUGAAGAAAUUCUCACCAAGCACUUGUAGUUCUCGUGUUGAUGGAGGUACCACCACAUUGCACGCUGAAUUGGAGGAGAGUGUGGCAAAGUUUAUUGGAAAGCCAGCUGCUGUAGUUUUUGGCAUGGGUUAUGUGACUAAUGCUGCAAUUCUUCCUGUAUUGGUGGGGAAGGGAAGUCUAAUCAUAAGUGAUUCUCUGAACCAUAACUCUAUAGUAAAUGGUGCUCGAGGGUCUGGAGCCACUAUUCGGGUUUUCCAGCAUAAUAUGCCCUGCCAUUUGGAGAAAGUUCUGAGGGAUCAGAUUGCAGAAGGACAGCCCAGAACACACAGACCUUGGAAAAAGAUCAUCGUUGUGGUGGAGGGAAUCUACAGCAUGGAAGGGGAAAUUUGCAAACUUCCUGAAAUUGUUUCAGUCUGCAAGAAAUACAAGGUAUACAUUUAUCUAGAUGAAGCACACAGCAUCGGAGCUGUUGGAAAAACUGGAAGGGGUGUCUGUGAACUCUUAGGCGUUGAUACUGCUGAUAUAGAUGUCAUGAUGGGAACUUUCACAAAAUCAUUUGGAUCAUGUGGUGGCUACAUUGCAGGAUCUAAGGAUCUUAUUGACUACUUGCGAUACACAUGCCCAGCCCACCUUUAUGCUACAUCUAUAUCACCACCUGCUGCGCAGCAAAUUAUUUCUUCCAUUAAGGUUAUUCUUGGAGAAGAUGGUUCUAGCAGAGGGGCUUUAAAACUGGCCAAAAUCCGUGAGAACAGCAAUUUUUUCAGGUCAGAACUGCAGAAAAUGGGUUUUGAGGUUCUGGGUGAUAACGAUUCUCCCAUCAUGCCUGUAAUGCUUUACAAUCCAGCUAAAAUUCCUGCUUUUUCAAGGGAGUGCCUCAAACGAAACGUGGCUGUUGUGACAGUUGCUUUUCCGGCCACUCCUUUACUGUUGGCUCGAGCUCGCAUUUGCAUCUCUGCUGCUCAUACAAGGGAAGAUCUUGUCAGAGCAUUAGAGGUUGGCUUAUCACAGAGACUUCCAAACUUGUGCUUCAUUUGCUUAGCAAGUUGAAUCUUUUUUACAAGAGUGCAGUGACGGCAUGGAUAAUGGAUGGCAUGCAGUGGUCCUGGAGGGAUUCAGCAGCUGCGGUUUUCAACCAAAGAAAAUGACUGGUUUGUGGUGGAUACAUUCAGGUACUAACCUCCCCCAAAAAUACCUUCUUCCAUGUUUUGACAUUUAUCAUGUCGCAACUAGAAAACAGUUUAACAAGACAAAGAAACAUGUGGGGUUGGGGGAAUGGGAAACCUUAAUCUUGUAGAAUUUGGACUGUACAUGCAUGCCUUAGCUUCCUGGAUGAUCUUGACGACAUAAAUUUAUACUUGUGCAAAGGGAAUUUAAUUUGAAGAAAUCAAUUUGAAUUAAGAUCUCUAGAUCGAUAUGAUUUUAUUACUGUGAUUUUGAAUUCUUGGAAAAUCUUGGGUGCUUUUGGAUUUCUUUCUUUUUCUUUUUUAAAUUGAAAACAAUUGUUUUUAUGUGAUAUUUUUUUAGUGAAAGAAACUAUUUACAUACAGCAAACAUGGUUCUUGGAUAUAUAUGUUGCUGGCCAAUCGAGGGAACUUGCAAUAAUUGUCAUGUGUAGUCACUAAUUAUUUCUGUUUUAUAAUUUUAAGUUAUCAUCGCCCUGAAUUUUAAAGAUUAGACUGUCAAGUCACUUAGAGUCUCUAGAGCGUUAAAAUUAAAUAAUAGAACCAAAAUACAGUAAAUAUAGAAUAUGCAUAUAUAUAUAUAUGAGAGAGAGAGAAAGGGGGAUUUAAUGUAGAUUGAUGCAAGAAAAGGACAGCACAGAUGAAGAACCAGGGUUGUUUCUACUGCUCUUUCACUAACAGAUUUCGUUAAUUUUAUUAACUGAUGAGCAAAAUAAAGCUUGAUAGGGAAAUGUCACCAUCUCCAUCUUCUUCUUCAAAAUUAUGACACUGCCUCAUUUCCUUUCCCACCAUUCUCUUGCCUCGAAUCUAGUGUUUUUAUUCAGUAAAUUAUUCACUGUUGAAAAUAAUGUAAUUCACUUCAGUAAAUAUAUAUAUUUACCUAUGGGUGUUAACAUAACAUUAUUCACUCUCAUACUUAAUCACUUAGUUCACACAACACACAUUCUUAGCCAUGCUUUAGAUUCUGGUGAAGAUGCAAUAGUGGCAUCAAAUCAUGUACAGACAACAGUCUGCAAAUAGGGGCAUUGAAUUAAUACAAAUAAAGAAUCCCACAACUAACUGUAAUAACAGAUUCAGAUUCUCACACCCGCAUAUAUAUGCAUAAAAUAUUAUCAUUAAAUGCAUGAUGGAUCAUACUGACAGUCAU